AAAACAAAAGACCGAUUAAAAAACAUGUUUUGGUGGCCAGACGUUGACAAAAAUGUGAAAGAUUAUUGCACAAAUUGUUUAACCUGUGCCCAGAUUAAUCCAUCACCAGUGAAAAGGAAAGGGCGACUGAGGCCCACGUGUCUAGCCGAAGGACCGUGGACAAAUUUGCAGAUCGAUUAUGUAGGUCCACUCCCUGCAGCUAGAGGAGGCUACAGGUACAUUCUCAUCAUAAUAGAUACAUUCACUAAAUGGAUAGAGGCGUUCCCAAUUAAGUCCGAUACCGCAUCCGCCACAGCCCGGGUAUUAUGGGAACAAGUCUACUGUAGAUGGGGUCUGCCACUUAGCCUGGAAAGUGACAGAGGCACGCAUUUCACAGGAAAAAUUCAUACAGACUUGGCAAAACUACUUGGGAUAAAGCACCAACUACACAUAGCUCACCAUCCACAGUCUUCAGGCGGGGUUGAACGAACAAACAGAACACUCAAAACCGCAUUGAGAAAAAUGGUAUUGGAAAAUGGCACCAAUUGGGCUCAAAAUCUCCCUAGUAUUUUGAUGUCUGUGCGAGGGGUUGUUCACAAAAGCACAGGAUACAGCCCCCAUGAAUUGAUGACAGGGAGGGGAAUGCGAAUGCCAGAACAUCUGCUACUAGAGGUGCCGAGACCCAUGAUAGAGGGAUGGGCGACUGAAACCUUUCUGAAAAACCUCUGUUCUUCUUUACCUGCUAUGUACCAGCAAGCGGCUCAACAGAUUGGCUCGAUUCAGAAAUACAACAAAAUGUAUUAUGACCAACAUGUCAGUGAGCAAAAAUUUGAGCCGGGAGAUGAGGUAAUGGUAAAGAAUUACCAUCAUGCUGGGCCAUGGUCAGCUAACUGGAAGGGCCCAUACACAGUCAUUGACAAAUGUGGCAAUGUUUAUUCAUUAUCAUUGUUUCACUGUUAUGACCACCCUGUACUGUCUGGCCAAAUGUCCAUUUUUUUUUCCUUCACCCAUUUUGUUUUUUUGUUUUAAAUGCAUCUUUUCCCCCACCACUCAUUACACUGAUUGUCACACAGCAAGCAUUAUCAUACACCAUUCGCAUCACACCAGGUUUUUCUUAAGGCACACAUAUCUCCUCCCAACAAAUAUCAUUUCAAAACACCCACUUCUUCACACAUGUAUUGGUUUCUUAUGCUUGUUGAAUACUUUCAUGGUCGGGUUUGGUUACCUCUCUCUCUCUCCUGGUUGUAAGUCAGUAAUGGAUUAGAAGUCACGGUGUGGUUGGUCUGUGACUGGGACAAGGCAGCAAAAGCUUUCAUGGGACCUAGGCGUGUGAGGCACAGUAAUAGUCCAAUGGCGAGGGGUGUAUCCCGAGAUGAGGGCAUCACCCAGAGGCCAUCAGCAGUUGAGAGCGACCCGCUGGGAGGGUAUCCGGAGAGGCAUGUGAGUAAAGGAUGCUCUAUGCCAUACCAAGAAACCAUACUGCUGGACUAACCGCAAGAGUAUCCAAAUGAGUGAUGGUCCAUGUUCGCAAAUAAACCAUCAAAGGGGGGAUAUGUAAGAUUUUUAGUUCAACUACAAAUCUUCAAUACAGAGGUUGUGCCAAAACGCAAUACUUGGGCCCACUGAUGAAAGAAAGCCUUAGUUCACAGCUCACAAGACUUCAGUAUCACUGUAAAGACUGACAGUGCCAUAUUGAUACAAUCAGCCAGGAGAGGGAGAAAGGUGAAUGAAACUGACUCGGGAGUGAUUAACAAAGCAGAGUUGCUAAGGCAUUGUGUGACUCUUGACAGAAACUAAUCAUCUCACUCACCAAUCAUCACUGGUACCACUAAUCAAAUCACAACUAACAGCUUAAAAGAAGGCCAAGACAGACAGUCGGGGUGCAUUUUGACUUCGAUGCUCCCAGAGUACAUGCUACGUGUAUUUUCUGUUGCUGCCAUAUUUUGCCAAUAAAGACAGUUUCUACGAAGACCAAGA